AUGUCUGGUCUCGCUGCGCUACAUUGCUCCACUUUUGCUCAAGGUUUCAGUAACAAUGAGCGUCAGGCUGCCGCCAGAGCAUUACUUAGGCAUGACGUCCAGAUAGACGGCACUCAUUAUCAAACCAAGACAUUUGCUGGCCUUCAUCCCUCAUACAUAGCAUUCCAACCCAUCCAACAGCACGAGUCAGAGAGAACUCUCUCUCAGAAAGAACUAUGCGAGGCAGCACUGCAAGACGUGUUCGAUGCGAUCACCAUGCAGGACCGUCUUGACGGCGGUAUCUCUCUACUUAUUCGAUGCGCAGGAUCUGACGCAAUCUCACCGGAGAAAAUUGCUUUGGACCUCUACAUUACACCCCGAGAGCUGCAUGAAGCGCCUCAGCAGAUUGGAGGAGACGUCGCUGUAUUAGUUCAAGCGUUUGCUCAAGAAUUCGCAGUCCCCCAUCUCCAGCAUUUCACUAAGCGUUGUGCCAUCGAAAGAUCCAGCCACCGAAGUAUUGCACCCAAAUCCUUCUUGAAGAACUUGCAAAAUUCAUCCCCUGCUGUUGCAGGCUCAAAGCAGCCGAAUUCGGCAGCGAUUCGUGAGGGAGCCGAAUGGGCAGCGAAAGUUGCCACCAAAGUGAACCCAUUAACUCCACGUUCGCAAAUUCGUCAACGCCGGCCAGCGGAUGUCUUCAAUGCCAAUAGCGACCCUGGCCCGAUUUUUCGGGGACAGCCAUUGACAGAACUCUAUCGUGAUGUUCACAAAUUUGAACCCCCAUUGAUUAGUAUCGGACCCAAUACUGACACUGCCCUCGACCAGUUCAAACUGGGAGACGACACAUUACCUAAGCUACGUCUGUUGGUUUCAACAGUGCGUAGCAGUCGGUGGGAGUCAGUCUUUAGGUCCCAGAAAUGGGAUUUGACCUAUGAGGCAAGCUUCGGUUUAUCAAGGGCGCUUCUCGCAGACCUUCGAGGAAUGCCACUCAACCAUGAGAUUGUCGAGCGUAAAUCGUCUGUGCUCUCCGUCAUUCUAAAGUGGCUUGCUAUUUGGUCUUUUUAUACAAUGGUGUCCCAAUCUUUCUAUACUAGCAAGAAUGACUCGAGGCGUGUUCGAACACAACACCCUCGCAUCCGUCCAAAAGUCACCAUGAGCAAAGAGGCACGCGCCACGCUUACUGCUGGACGACGUGCCAAAUCUCGUCAGUUUAAGGUUGCUCUUGACGAGGCUUGGAACCAGCUCGACGACGCAACGAAGACCAUUGCAUCAGCCCACCACAAGAGCAUUCGCCGGGUACAAAAUGAUUUAUAUAUUGGUCAUGGAAUACUACGCUCGAGGCGCACCAACCGAAUAUGUGGAACGCGUUCUGCUGGAAAAAAGGUCAAGACAGUGAGAAUCGGAACCAGGGUCGAGACCACGCUCAAACAACUAGUUCGCGAGCAUAAGGAUGAGUAUCUUGCACUCUCGAAGGAAGAACAAGAAGUCCUGCUGAAGGAGUAUACCGACUGGACGAAGACGAAGACGACCGGCACACGGAUCUCCACCAAGCUGUGGAGAAAUGAGCUCAAUAGCCUGCGUUGUCGAACGGGUGCAGAAACUAUCCUAUACACGACCCGUGGGUCAACCGAUCUUCCCCUCCGUGGUGUAACCUUCACGACCGAAGGUGUUGAGCACUUCAUGCACUCUGUGAUGAGUAUUGACAAUCAAGACUUGGUCAGUAAAAUGGAGGGCUUCGCCAUCCAAGGAAUGAAAGGGGCCGCAAAAAAUCACAAAGAUCGCGUCUCUGAUGUACGUUCAGCCAUCCGCGAGAUAAUCAACAGUGGUCUUCGGAAGAUUACUGGGGAACCUCAUGCCAACAUGCAGUGGACUCACUAUUUCCGCAACAUCGUGCGACGUUAUCAAGUUACAAUAGUGGGAUGGCCCGACAACAUCCCAUUUGUGAACCUUAGCAAAGUCUCUAGCGCUCUCCCAGAGCUUGAAAGACUUUUUCAUUUGUGGGAUACACGUAUUACAUUCUGGAAGACUUUAACGGAUGAAGAAUUCGCGAAGAUCUGUCAGGAGCACAAUGAGAAGCUCAAGAGUGGCGAGAUCGAAGACAUUCACCGACGGACUCGAUCCGACAAAGGGACGAAGCGCAAGAGGCUGGCAGCUACCAAUAGUAACGACAACACAGCUCAGCGCAAGAAAUACAAAAGUGCUGAGACUAUCGAGGACACGAGGACAACGGCGAGGGACAAUGGUGGGGAGACAACUCCCCAACCCUCUCCUCAUCAGCCGUCUAAUGCUAACACUACUCCCAACCUCACCUUCGAGCCAUCCGUCACCACUCCCAACUUCACCUUCGAGCCAUCCAUCACCACUCCCAACUUCACCUUCAAGCCAUCUGACGCCGCUCCCAACUCCUCCACUCCCCACGCAGCUGGGAGUUCCCUUGACGCCAACACUCAUUUUACCUUUCCUCCUUAUGUGCCUGGCAGUCCCCUCGAUGGCGACAAUCAUCCUAAUGGCCUUACUCAACUUGGCGCCUUUGAUUGUGAUGCUGCGUUGGAAACAUUAGAUCGAAUCUAUGGCCCUGCGCCGUCAUCAUCAACUGAUGUUGACAAUCCUGUGUUUGACUUCACUAAUAUCAAUAUGUUCGGCUCGACAUUUUAA